UAAAUCACUAAAAAAGAUAGAUUCAGCAGAAAAUUUAUGAGUUUUAUAUUGUAUUAUGCUUCCAUCGUAUGAUCGGGUUGCGUUAUCGUAAGGUGUAUUUAAAUAUAACAAGAACUUGCUGAAGGAUUCGAAAGAUCACUUUGUAUAAGCAAAAGUGCAUCACGUUCCUGCAGCAAAUUAUAUUGAAUUCGUCUGAUUUUUAGUGAUAUAUUGUUUAUUAGUUGCAAAGGGAUACAAAUUGUUUGGUUGGGUGUUCAUAAUCUAAUAGAUGAAGAUUCAAAUAUUCUUUUUAUGCGAAGUUAAAGAAGAUUGGAAGAAAUUUGCGUAACUUGAAUGCAUACAUUUAAUGUGAAACAUUAGUGUUCUUUUACUAGCCUGCCUUGAGUGCUCAUUUAGAAAAUAACAUCUAUACCGUAAAUCUGUCGUAUUACAUAAAUUUAAGUUUGGCUUUAAAUUAACUGCAAGCAGCCAUCUUGUAAAAAUCUUUUUCGUAUUUCGAACGAACAAAGUGUUCAAUAUCGAUAAUACCUUUAUCUUAUGCGAUUCAACUGAGAAUUUUCAUUAAAAAUUAAGCUUUUCUAGGAAUGUCAGAUUUUUCAGAACAGUGUUGGUAUUAAGAUGUAAAAAUCAAUUUCGCGCCAUAAAACAGUAUUAUUCGAUAGCUGCAUUUAAGAGCAAGAAAAAUAUAAAGACGAGUUGCGAUACAAACAACUCGAAUAAGAAAAGGGUAGGCGAAUUUUUCUGUUGAAAGUUGGAAAUAAUACAGGCAAAACGGCACCACAAAAAAAAUCACAUAAGAAGAUGGCGGAGACCAAAGAAUUAGAGAAUAUGGUAUUGAGUUUUCGAGUAUCUGAACUACAGAUGCUUCUCGGUUUUGCUGGUAGAAAUAAAUCAGGUAGAAAAAACGAAUUACAAGCACGUGCAUUAGAAUUAUUAAGGUUGAGAUCCAAUCCUGUACAACUUAAAAUACGUGAAUUAUAUAAAACUAUACAAGCCGAUCAAUUGGCUGCACAUCAAAUGUAUGGUCAGACAGGUGGUUCUGGAGAACCACAAAUUGAUCAAAACAUGCAUUCCAGAAAUUAUUACACUAGACAAGCAAUCAGUCAACAACAACAGUCACAGUCUGCAGUUUCUAGUGGAAAAGAUCUACCACCUGCGCAUCAAGCAUCUCUACCUCAGGCACCUAGAGCUAAUCCAAUAUAUCAGUCCACAGGAUAUACCAGUGUAACACCACAGCAAACAUCCACUGCACCUUAUAAUCCAUAUCCAUAUCCACCAAAAGUUUUACCAUCUCCAUUACAAAUACAACCCAGAAGUCAAUACCCUGUUCAUCCAGAUGUUAGAUUCAAGAAACUACCAUUCUUUGAUUUACUCGGUGAAUUGCUGAAGCCAUCUAGUCUAAUGCCCCAAGGAUCUAUGAGACUUCAGGAGAACACAUUUAUGUUUCAUUUAACCCCGCAACAAUCAACUGAUGUAUCUAGCUCGAGAGAUUGCCGCGCAGGAAGUAAAAUGGAUUAUAUUGUUCAGAUACAAAUGCGAUUUUGUUUACAAGAAACGUCUUGUGAACAGGAAGAUUGUUUUCCGCCGAGUAUUGCUGUAAAAGUUAACGGGAAAUUGUGUCCUUUACCUAAUCCUAUACCUACAAAUAAGCCAGGUGUAGAACCAAAGAGGCCACCAAGGCCUGUUAAUAUUAGUCCUUUAGUUAAAUUAUCUCCUACUGUAGGAAAUCAAAUCCAUGUCACCUGGUCGGCUGACUAUGGAAGACGUUAUGCAAUUGCGAUAUAUCUAGUUAGAAAGCUUUCAAGCACAGAAUUAUUGACUAGAUUAAAAAAUAGAGGUGUUCGACAUUCAGAUUAUACAAGAGGUUUAAUUAAAGAAAAGCUUAACGAAGACGCAGAUAGCGAAAUAGCGACAACGUCGUUAAGAGUAUCGUUAGCUUGUCCGUUAGGAAAGAUGCGAAUGUGCACACCAUGUCGUGCGUCAACAUGUUCACAUUUACAAUGUUUUGAUGCUUCGUUGUUCCUUCAAAUGAAUGAAAGAAAACCUACGUGGAAUUGUCCGGUUUGUGAUAAACCGGCAUUGUACGAUAAUCUAGUUAUCGAUGGAUAUUUCCAAGACGUAUUGAAUUCUAAGAAGUUACUCCCGGAUGUAAAUGAAAUUCAGUUGUUGCAAGAUGGUUCGUGGGAGAAUUUGGUUUUGAAGAAGGAGAAAGAUAAAGACAAAAGUGAAACGAAAGUUAUUAUAAAUUCGGAGAAUCGGAAAAUUGAUGUGGAUACAGUGGAUCUUGAUGAAAGCAAUCUCACACCCCCAAAGGAAAAGAAACGAGCUGUUAUCAUCGAUUUAAUAUCAGAUAGCGAUGACGAUGACGAACAUGCUACAUCAACACAAAGUACAAAGAAAAUAGCUACUGGUACAUCUUCACCAAAAAAGUCCCAAGCUAGUUCAAUUAGCAGUACAAGCGAAUCACCAGAAUUGAUGAUUAUUGAUUUAGAAUAGGAUUUUUUAUAUUGAUUAUUAUAAUGAAAUUGCCAAAAUUUUAAAUUA